UGAACCGGAGAGAGGCGAAGUGAGCAGCCCGGGAAGAAAGCAUCUGGCCGGCACCACCUCCUAGCGCAGACUAAUCCCAUCUCGAACCCAGAGAAGCUGCAAGUGAGAUAAAGGCAGACAGUUCUGCUGAGGUUCUGUUACGAGGUGACUGACUGACCCACACAUAAGCAGACGGUCACUUUCUCUAUCCAUGGGAAUAGCAGACGGACAGAUAGACACCACGGGAGCAGAGGGGCGGCAGGACGUGAUGUUGGCAGAGCUGCUUUGGGAGGUGCCCUUUUGUGUGAGGCUGCCCAUUGAGAUCCUGAACCUGGAGCAGGCCUUUCCCCUCCUGGACAGCACGCUCGAGGACCUUGGCAUCACUCGGUCAGCAGUGGAGGAGAAGGUGGUGUGGGUGGACUCCAAACGUACCAGGGUGAAGAACAAAUUGGGGAAGCUGAAGGAGAAGGAGGUUGUGGUUCUGGAGGUGCGAGUCAAGGCCAAGCGGCCCGGGGAUCCUAAAACACAGGAGGUCACAUAUAGAUCCGAGAUGCACAGCGACCGCCCGUACUGCCACAGCUCUGUGGACAUCCGCCCUUGGAAGCACCAUUGGCCUGAGAAUCACCCGAAGCCAGUGGAAAUGACCAUCACCUGUCCACAGGAGAAACCAACACAAAUGGCAGAAGAUUGAACAGAACAGGAGAUGUAAUAAUCAUGUAAACUGAUUAAAACAGAAGUCUUUUUGUUGCUAAGAA